GAUCAACGAGGGUUAUUGCUUCUCGGAGAAUUGUGAUCCAGUCGAGCUGCCAAUCUUGGAUGUUGCAUGUGGGGGUCACUCACAGCCCACUGGGUUUCGGUGGUCGAGUGGUUCUGGAUUCCGGACGACACCCGGGAGGCAGGGGAUGGAGUGGUGGCGGCGGGCCCUUCCUCUGCAGACAUGCAAGGAGUGCCUUUCAUGGCAGGGGCCGAAUCAGAUUUCUGCAGUCUGGAUGAGGGGUGUCGUGAUAACAUGAUGGAAGAAAGUUGCAACCUGGAGAUUCCCAUAUUGAAACUCUACCGAAGACGACAGGACUGCACGGCAACGAUAUGUUCCCAUGUAAGAAGUAAACGGAUGGUGGGAGGGGAAGAUGCGGAGCCAGGAAAAUAUCCCUGGAUGGCUGCCAUUCUCCGAAAAUCUUCCACCAAUGGGCCUUUCUGUGGAGGAUCUCUCAUAUCUCCCAUCCACGUCCUCACCGCUGCUCACUGCGUCACCAAGAUUCGUCAGGCUCCUAAAGACUCCUAUCGGGUCCGGAUUGGGGAACAUGACUUUGAGAGGGAGUCAGAGUCCGAUCACCAGGAUUUCUCCAUUCAACGAGUCCAUGUUCAUCCCGAUUACAGUAACACCAUCAAAGCUUACUACAAUGACCUGGCUAUCCUCGAACUGGAUAGUUCUUGUAUGAGAAAGCCUCGGACUGUCUGUCUCCCCAAUGAACCCGGAGACUUCCGGAAUCACGAUGCAACCGUCAUAGGCUGGGGGGCGUCUUAUCUUGGGGGGCCGCACCAACCCAUCCUCCAGCAGGUACUUGUCAACAUUUAUCCGCAAGAGGAGUGCGAAAGUCUUUACGAGGGAAUCACGAAUACUCAUCUGUGUGCAGGUGACCACGUGAACGGGGGGAAGGACGCGUGCAAGUGGGAUUCUGGAGGACCCCUACACGUCCUCCAGGGAAGGAAAUGGGUCCAAGUGGGAAUCGUGUCUUAUGGGAUCAACUGUAGUGGACCCCCAACGCAACCUGGUGUCUACAUGAAUGUCUCCUCUCACUUACCCUGGAUUGCUGGUGUCCUUAAAGAGUACAGACUCAAUGAUGAAAGGUGCGGAGAAUCUCUGAAGGAGGAUCCGAGAAUGUUUGAGAACUGCAGGGAUAGAGCGUCAUCUAAUAACAAGCUGGCAUUUUCAAUACAAACGCUCGUUCGUCCAGGAAAGCGGAUCGUGGGAGGAGCGGAUGCGGAAGCGGGAAAAUAUCCCUGGAUGGCUGCCCUAAUCCGAUAUUCUGCCAAAGGGCUUAUCUGCGGAGGAUCUCUCAUAUCUCCCAUCCACGUCCUCACCGCUGCUCACUGCGUCACCAAGUUCAAAAUCACCCUCACUCCCGCUAAAGAUUCCUAUCGGGUCCGGAUCGGAGAACAUGACUUUAAGGUGUCAGAGUCCGAUCAUCAGGAUUUCUCCAUUCAACGAGUCCAUGUUCAUCCCGAUUACAAUCAGUCCACCACCGUUAUCUACAAUGACCUGGCUAUCCUCGAACUGAAUAGCUCCUGCAUGGAAAAGCCUCAGACCGUCUGUCUCCCCGAUGAUCCUGGAGACUUUCGGAAUCACGAGGCCAUCGUCGUCGGUUGGGGGUCGUCGUAUCUUGGAGGGCCGCACCAACCCAUCCUCCAGCAGGUACUUGUCAACAUUUAUCCGCAAGAGGAGUGCGAAAGUCUCUACGAGGGAAUUACGAAUGCUCAUCUAUGUGCGGGUGACCACGUGAACGGAGGGAAGGACGCGUGCAAGUGGGAUUCUGGAGGACCCCUACACGUCCUCCAGGAAAGGAAAUGGGUCCAAGUGGGAAUCGUGUCUUAUGGGAUCAGCUGCAGCGGACCCCCAACGCAACCUGGUGUCUACAUGAAUGUCUCCUCUCACUUGCCCUGGAUUGCUGGUAUCCUUAAAGAGUACAGACUCAAUGAUGGAAGGUGCGGAGAAUCUCUGAAGGAGGACCCGGCAAAGUUUGAGAACUGCCGGGUAUCUCUGAGGUCGGAGAAUGGAGCGCUUGAUAACCGGCUUCCACCAUCAACCUUGCUCAUUCUCGUUCUUCUCUUUCCGUGUUUUGUCUCUUUCUACCCCUAA